AAGCGCCAAGUCACUACUACUUGGCUCCCAUCAAUAAAUAAGCGAAAAUUGCCUCGAUAGUGAUACAUAAAAUGGCUAUACUCCUAUCGACAAUAUCUCCACCACUCUCACAGGACAACAUCCAGCGUCUUAAAGAGCAUUUCGAUGAAGUUCACAGUUUCCCAAAUAACAAGGACGUACCAAUCGAAAUAAUCAACAGAGCGGAUGUCUAUUUUUGCCUAAAAAGAGGUUUACCUGAGGGCGUAUCAUCGUUCAAGGACUUCAAGAGUCUGAAGUUGAUACAACUCAGCUGCGCUGGUGCCAACGACCUGAUUGAUAAUCCUUCAUUCGCUGAAUUGACAAACUCAAAUGAUCUUAAUAUCGUCGUAUCAAACGCGUCUGGAUUACACGUCACUUGUGUUGCACCGUACGCGAUCGCAUGCAUACUCAACAUUUAUCACCGUCUUCCUGAGCAGCUGCUCAAUCAAGUUAACAAGCAAAAGUGGAUUGACGAUCUUCCCGAUCAUCACGGGAAUCGUUACAAAGUUCGCUCGUUGAGAGGUAAAACAGUGGGGAUUCUCGGAUAUGGACACCUUGGAAGAGAGUGUGCGAGAUUGCUCAAGACAUUUGGUUGUAGAAUUAUUGCUGCCAACACAUCAGGCGAGCGGACACAAGAUAGUGGUUUCAUUAUCCCAGGCACUGGCGACUUCGAUGCUACUAUUCCAGAGAAAAUGUUCAGCUCGAAAGAUGGAAACAGCUUGAGAGAGAUGAUCAGUGAAAGUGAUAUUCUCAUAUCUUCCCUUCCAUGGACGAAGCAAACGACAAAUAUCCUAAAUGCAGAUCUCCUCUGCUUGCUCAACCAGGAUGGUGUGUUCGUUAAUAUCGGUCGCGGCAAUGUAAUCGAGACAUCAGAGCUGAUGAAGGCACUCAACGAGGGGUCGAACACCAUAUCUGCUGCUCUCGAUGUCACUGAUCCUGAGCCACUGCCAAAUGGUCACAAAUUAUGGACUCAUCCACGCGUGCUUAUUACACCACAUCUCUCCGGCGAGGCAGAGCUUGAGUUCGAGCUAGCCACAGAUAUCCUGAUUGAAAAUAUCAAGAAAAUCAAGACAUCACAGGAAAUCAUAAAUCGCGUCGACUUAGUUAAAGGCUAUUAGAUUGUUUGCUUGUAACUCAAACGCGUAUAUUCAUAUCCAUGAAAUUGCAAUAGCUUAGAACUGGAGACAUUAGAGAUGAGAACACUGACGGAAAAAGCAGUAUUGUAACGCC